AUGUCUCUGGAAAGCUUGCCGCCAGAGAUUCUUCUCAAGAUAUCCGCUCAGGUCUACUCUAUCGAGGAGCUUCUCGCACUUUCUUCCACCUCGCGCAUCCUUUACCACAUCUGCUCCUAUCUUAGUCCAAAAGUCAUUUCCCAACUCACGGCUGAGUCUGGCCGCGUAUUCUUCCGGCCGCACCCACACACGCUCAUUGCUGCCACAGCAAGGCAGCUGGCCGACUGGGCUGUGCAACACGACAGUCGCCGUUUCCGGCUUGAGGAGGCCAUCCGUGGCGGCGUCGACAAAUUGCUGGAACUCGCCAUUGAUGUCGUAGAGCUCACGCUGGAUGACAUUCGGCGGCUAUGGCACUUUAAAUACAACGUGCUGAAUCCUCUCGAUAAACAGCUGGAUUUAUCAGCAGGCCCUGGGUCGGACUACUCGUGGACUGUGUGCAACGACCCUGCCGCCACGCUUGUUUCCUGGGUGAUAUACGGGGAACUGUUCCACCAUUCAAUCGAGAUUGGAUACCUCCCUAUCAACUCUUUUGAGCAUAGGCCGCUCAGCAGUCUGACGCGUUACAAGUGGCUCGCAUACUGCGUGCCCGACGUGAACUGCUUCAACUACCUCGGUUUCAGCGACGAGCCUCAAUUCUUCAAGCAGUACGAAGCUCAGGAAGAAGACCGCUUUCAGCAGCUCAGCAUGAAGAUGGCAUACGAGGAAUUCCUCACUGAUGCGCGUUGGGAAACAGCGUUGGAAUCGAACGAGGCUUUUCACGCAUUGGAUAACUACGCGCGUGCGAAAUUCGUGGUCUGUGUGAAGCACUGGGGCUUCAGAAGCUUGGAGCUCCUUGUGCCUGGUGGUGUCGAAAGGCUAAAGGACGAUUUGGACGCUGCGGCAGCCAAUUUGGUUGUCGAGUUAGAGGAGGAAGCAGUGUCAGAUGACGAUUCAGAGGAGGAGGAGGACUGGGACUACGACAUCGACGAUGAUACUGUCCCGCUUGAUCCGAAAGAGUUGGAACGACGGGCCUUAUUCAGCGAUCCAUGGUGGCUGACAAGGUUUCCAACCCUCACCAAGGACCUGCAUUUCACACUCUGGGGUGACUGGGACGGAGGAGAAGAAGGAGAGCCAGCUUUAUUACAGGCUAUACGCAGUCCCGCUACUUUACAAUGA